CCAUUUAUUUCUUUCUAGUGCUCGACUCCGUCGUAGUGACAGCGUUUUGUAUUUUCGCGUGAGCGUAAUCGUUUUAUAUGUGAAAAUUGUAUAUUAAGUUACAUAUAUAUAUUAUUGUGUACGUGCGACGCGUUCGUGGAUGCCGACAAAUGUUGAAAUAUGUGUGUGCAAUGUAAAAAAUGUCUAAUACGUGACGUGUGAUACCGCAGCGAUGUCUUUAUAUCCAUCUGCUGGUGUCAACGAGAAAUAAUCGUGGAUUAUGCAAGUUGGAAUGAGAUGUGGACGAGUGUUAGGUAAAUUUCGUGUAUAAAACAGUGUAUUGUGAAGUUUUUCGUAGCAUGCUUGUAGUUCGCAUCUGUCGUGACCACAGGUGAUGGCACAACAAUAGAAGUCAAUAAGACUAUGAGGGUUGUAAAAUAAUGCAGUGGCUGCACAAAAUAUUGACGCUGGCAAUAAUUUGCGCAGCUGUGGAGGCCAGCGUGUGCCCCGCGGCGUGCGAGUGCGCGCGCGAGCGCCUGGCCUGCGCCGGCGCCGCCCUGCCCCACGCCAGACUCAGCAGAGCCGUCUUAGCCAACUAUGGCCCUUCCCUCCAGGAGAUCACGUGGACCAACUCCAACAUGACCUCCGUAGACACUAAAGCGUUCGACGGGCUAUACAACACCGUAUACAUCGAUUUAAGCAGAAACGAAAUCAAGAGAACCGAAAACGGCCUGUUCACGAGUCUGACUCGACUAAAGCAUUUGAAUCUAUCCAGGAAUCAAAUAGACGACAUACCGAGAUACACGUUCGCCUAUCUGGAGAACUUGGAGUUUCUGGACGUGUCUCACAACAAUCUGCAAGUGCUACCGUUCCAGGUGUUCGGGCAGAUGAUUAGAUUACAGUAUUUGGAUAUAUCUUAUAAUAAACUCGCUACUUUCUUAGAUUACUAUUUUAAACCUAAUCGCCAACUGAAAACACUGUUCCUAAACAAUAAUAGCCUAGUCAAAAUUACUUCAAACGCUCUAGUCAACCUCGAGGAAUUGGAGACGCUCGAUAUAUCUAGCAACAAAUUAGAUCAUAUACAUAAAUCUCUAUUAGAUAACUUAGAACAGCUGAGAGAACUAGACCUGAGCAACAAUAAUUUACAAAACAUAUCACAAGAUGCUUUUAAAAAUCUCAAUAAUUUAAAAACGCUGAAUAUAGGCGGCAACAGACUGAAAGCGGUGCCCUCGAUGCUCUUCCAACAUAACGAAAACUUGAUAACGAUCUACCUCGACCACACAGAAAUAGCCGUUUUACAGAAUACAAAUUUUAAAAGAUUACACAAUCUGCAGCGACUUUACAUUAGAAAUAACGCCAUGCUGCGUGAAAUAGAGCCUUACGUGUUCCUGGACACGCCUGCUCUGACACAUUUGGAUAUAAGUGCGAACGGCUUGACUUAUCUCCCUCAGUCUUUGAUGAGUCUAGAUAAUUUAGAAGAAUUAAGAAUAGGAGAUAACCCGUGGGCUUGCGACUGCAGAAUGGCAUGGUUCGUCAGCUGGAUAGAGAAGCGAAAGGAAAUAGUGAAAUCAGAUUUGAGUUGCCGCUUAACUUAUCCAAAUGACAUGUUGACGAUUUUGAACAACACAAAUUGCAAGCCUCCAGUUUUAAUAAAUCGCAGUCCUCUGAGUUUGCACAGACUGCAAACCGACGCACGGCUCCGGUGUAUAUUCGAUGGGAAUCCGUUGCCAUCGAUAACCUGGAUCACUCCGACGAGAGACGUGUACCAUUGGAACCCGGAGCCAUCGCUGCCGGACAUAUUCCAUAAGCACGGGAUAGCACACGAUCAGUACUAUCGCCCCAUAGAUUACAGUAAGUCGAGAGUGAAAAUACACGAAGACGGAUCUCUAUUCGUAACCGACAUUCACAGGCAGGACAGCGGGAUUUAUUUGUGUUUAGCAUCAAAUCCUUCGGGCAACGUGACCGCAGAAGUUGUCCUGAACAUAGAUCCGAUAACUAUGUUUGAAAUAAAAAUCUACAGUUUGCUAUGUGGAGCUAUUUGCGCAGCAGCGUUUCUUGGCCUCACGUUACUAGUGCAAGCUCUGAGAUACAUAUUCCACAGAUUUCGCCUUUUGGAGACGUGCUGCAGUUGUUGCACGUGCGUCCAAAGAGAUGCUCCGCGCUCUCGACAAAUCUACCACAUGCUCGACAAUAUCGAACAGUACAAAAGGCAGCAGUUGGAAAAGUUAAGGGAAAACUACGCAGUUCAGGUGCAUCGGAUUAAAGAAAACUGCACACAACAAAUGGAUUGGAUACAAGGCAGUUACACCACUCAGGCAGCUCACUUACGCAAUAUCAGAGACAUUGGCACAAACCAUUUGACUGCAAUGAAAGAUCAAUAUUAUGAUCAGGUGAAACGCGUUCGCGAAUAUUCCACAUCGCAGCUGAAUUGGGUGAGAGAGAACUACGUGUUCCAACGGAACAAAAUAAGAAAGUUCAGCGCCCACCAGAUACUGAGACUGCGCGAAUCCUACAAAUACCAACAGCAGACGCUGAACAAGGUUUUGGAGAACCUGCCCAGUCUGUACUUCGAGAACUGUCGCAACGGCUCGUGCGGGCGGAGCGACUCGAUGCCCUUCGACCCUGACGUCGAAGUCAUAGACAUGUACCUCAAGACCAAGAUCGAAAAGUUGGCCAAGCUUCCCAAUCCCGACGAAGAGAGCAAGAUAUCGAUAUACUACACGCCCACAGAAAGGUCAGUCAACUCUCGACGGAAUUCACCAGUGACUAUACCCGACGGGAUCCACAUAAACAUCAUAGAGAGAAGCGGGCCGCCGAAGUUGCUGGCGAUGAUCAAACCCUUGCCCGCGCCGCCGCCCACUGUGGAGCUUCACACGCCGGUCUCCGGAUCUCAGUCGCCGUCCAGAUCCAAACAAAAGUACAGAGAAGACGCCAAACCUUCCAGCGAACCUCUGUUGGGGCACAGGGAAGACCGCGCGCGGCGCAAGCUGAGGCUGGCCGCUAGCGUCAGUUCCCCCGAACUGUGUCGGGAUGUGGAGAAGGAGGAGGCUAUGGCGGAGGACAGGGAUAAGUCUAGGGUGUUGAUCGCGGUGGAGUUGGCGCAGCCGGAGUGCCAGAUGCGGCACACGGCGGGACAGUUGGUGUGCGGCGAGUGCGCGCGGCUGUGCGAGAACACGCCCUUGUAGUACAGGCUUCUGACGCGCGUGUUCAAGAUCUACGCGCUCGGGCCCGCGCCCGGCAGGUCCGAUGACAUUCGCCUGUGCGACUUCAAGGAGUCUCCGUCUUACGUGUAACUAAACUCAUCUUGCCUGGUAUCGGAGUAACUAAACUAACAUUACGGUCGAGUGUCGGAACCGCUUGUACUUUUAAGUAAGCUGUGAUAGUCUAGAUUGGAAUAAAUAAUAAACCGUGUAUGUGUAUUAGUGACAAUUUUUUUUUUCGUUUCUCCUAGCGGUAGGUUAAGGAGAAUUGAUGCGAUCUGUACCAUCCCUUAGUGCAAAGGCGGCACACUUGGCAAACGUUGAUAGAUUUUGAUUAACGAAACAUUAUCUAAAACUAAUACUCAGGGAUCCCUAGAACAUUUUGUACACCAAAUUACUAACAAGCUAAUUCUUCGUGUGACUAUAAGUAGAAUUUUGAAGUAUAACUUUAUUUUACAUUGCGUUAGACUUAAACUUUAAAAUAAAAGGCAUAAGGUCUAUUUUAGUAGUACGUUAUUCCGAUUCAAUAGACCAAAGUCUUGAAAAAAAAAAUAUAAUUUACAGGUGUGCUACUUUGUACUAUUGUAAAUCCGAUUCAAUUAAGAGUUUAUGUAGGUUUUGAUCUUGUAAAUAUCGUCUACCUAUUGUUUCUCAAUCAUUUAUUAUUUUUUUCCAUUUUGAUGUAUUUUUUAGGGUUAAAGAAAAUCUCUUAGAGCGUUAUGCAUUUUAUAUUUGUUCGUCUUGAAAAUAAAGUAAUAAAAAAAUGUGUAGUUUAAUAUGCGAGGUGUAAGGAAGUUGUUACUAUAAUUGUUGUAAUUUAUCAGGUUGUUGUAAACUAGUGUAUCCAACUAGCCACUGCUAACGUACCAGCCUAGAACAUCUACAUCAUUCAUAUUCAUACACCUAAUGACCAUGACCAUCUAUGUAGGGCCUUUGACAAUGUACAAUCGCGUCGAAUACUUUUAUCGUAAAUAUACCCGAAUACUGAAAAUUUCUAUAUAUGUAUUUUUGUAUUAGAUCGUUGACCUCAUUCCAUUAAUGCGUCGACUAAAUUAAUAGAAUAUAAAUGUAGGUCUCAUUAAUAUGAAUUAUAAUACAAAUCAAUUAAUGAUAUAUGUUGUAAUUGAUAAGAUUUAAUAUAAAUCAAUGAAUUAUAAGAUUUUUCCAUCACGAAAUCAUGGCGAGGGCAUAUCUACGAUAGUUAAUUGUUCUUUGCCUCUGACGCGGGAAUAUUUCGCAUUGUGCAAAGGCUUUUAAAUAUAAUUCAAUGAAAAUAAAAAAAAAAUUGGCGUAGCUAGAAGUACGGCUAUUAGCCUAAUAAAUCUUCCCGCUUUUAUUUUUGUAAAAUUUAAACAAAUUAUAAUAAUGAAAUUAUAAUUGUAAAAUCUUGUUGAAAUAAAAUAAUUAGAUUGAUCCGCUGGCGCCUUAUUUUGGACUUAUCUUCAAUAUUUUUUUAAAUUUUAAACAAACUAUUCUUACACAAAUAUAUAUUUAAAAAACUCAAGCUUUAUAUAUGCUUGUUUUUUUGUAUUGAAGGAUUUUUAUCCAUUCAAAGUAAAAAAAAAAAAUAAUAUCAAAAAAUUUUUAGUGGUAUACUCUCGCUAACUUUUGACUACUGUACACAUUUGCUAUUUAAGGCUUUUCUCCACUUUGCAAAGCACUUUAAAUUAUAAACGAAAAUGUUUCCGUCCUUUUUUCACUGCGUUUGUCAUAUCAAUAUACUUUUUUAAUUUUAUUUUUGUAAAAUAUACUAUCAAUAAAACAUCUCACCCUCCAUUAACAAAUCAUAUGACAGGCUAUAAAUCUAGCUACGCCAAUAAUAAACUAUGAACCGUAACAGAUGUACUAUAUUUAUAUAAUCGAAUAUAUUCUAUCGGUUUUACUGCAUAAUUGUGUUAAGUGUUCAAAAUGUGUUGUUGUCUUCCUCCCCAUCAUAAUGUAAAAGGUGACAGCAACAGUUAAUGGUUAGUUAUGUUAAUGGUUUAGAGAAACUAUGGGCUCAGGACUUGGUGGAUUUAUGUAUAAAAUAUAUAUCAGUGUCCAUGGUAACAGAAAAUAUAUUUGUUAAAUUCAUUCUAACCCAACCCCUUGAUAUAUUUCUUCAAAUUUAAAUAAAAUUUUUUUUUUAAAUAUUCUUUGAAACGUGAUUUUUGGAAAUUCCUUAAUACAAUUUUUUUUACAUUUUUUCCGGUUUGGGCUGAUAAUUUGUCAAUCAGACGGAAAAGACAAGUUAAACAAAACUCAAUUGGUGGAGUAUGCCCAAAUAGUUUCAAUGCAUUGUUGUUAUUCAUAAAUUCAAAUAAAAAUAAAAAUCAAAAACAAUCUAAGACAAAAUGUGAAGGAUAAGUAGAAAUAUGAUAAAAGAGAAGAAAAAGUGGAAACAUGUAGGGCCAAACCCACUUGUUAGUGGUAUAACUAUAAAAAUAUUAUAUAUAUAAGAUCCAAUAUGACACGUUUAAACGAUUUGGGCACAUUUUAAAAAAAUAUGACUUUAGUUUUCUUUUUUUUUUAGAAGUGCUAGAAAAAUAGUUGAAAUAAGUGACCGAUGAAAGGUAAAGGGUGAAUAAUGAUGGAAAUCAGUAAAAGAUAAUUAUGAGUAAUCAAUGAAUAAGAUCCAAUAUGGAACUCAAACUAUUUGGGCAAAUUAUAAAUGAAUGAAAAUAAUAUGUGUGUAGCUUUUUACUUUUAUAAUGUAUGCCACAAACGUUGAUUAAGACAAUUUUGCAGUAAACACCGUAUAUAAUAUAUAUUUAUACUGUACACAUAUAUUUUGUGCAAAGUCUUGCAGUGUUAUGCCAAAAUGCUAACCAUACAACAAUGAUUAUAAUAUUAUAUUGUAUUGUAUAAUGUUUCUUAAAAUAUAAAAUUAUACAAUUAUUGUUGAAAAUUUUCUAAAUAAUUAUUAUAAAGGAGAAUAAGCAAAUCAUGAGGAAUAAAUUAUUUUUCAAUGUA